UAUAAGAAUUACUUUAGUAUAUUUUAAAACUUAUCUUUAUAAAAUUUAUUCGUCCGUGUUAGAAGUAACUGCGUUAAAAACAUUGUGUUUAUCAAACCUAAAAAUGACGAUUAAUACGUUUGAAUUUUCCAAAGGCAUUAUAAUUGUCAUAGUGUAUAAUAUGAUAAUUUUAACUUCAAUAAAAUGCAAUGAUAACUUAACCGUUCCGGAUUAUGACACGAAACUCAUAGUAAACGGUAACACAUCGUAUUUUGAUUAUCAUUUUCGAAGUGCUCAAAACCCGGGUCAACUGAAAAUAAGCCCAAUAGGUUAUUUCUCUUCAAUUUAUAAUUGUCCAUACACAGUAUUGCCAGAAGUAAGUUUAGAAUGUGGUGGUUAUACAGAAUAUAUUUUAAAAUUGAACGAAUUAGGUAAGUUUUUAUAUAUUUUAGAUUAGAUUAUACGUCUAUUAUUAUUGAAAUUUGUCUUUUGAAAGGCGAAAUG